CCGGCGCUGAUGCAAUGGGUAGGUGCUGAUGUUGUCGCUCUUUGUUUAGAUUCAGAAUAACAGGCAAUGGGAGAAGAUCACUCGGUGAAGGUGGCUCUUAUUUUGUAAUAAGAACAAACGCACCACAACAGUGUCAAAAAAAAAGGAAAUUGUGCUGUGGUACCAUCUUGAAUUGGAAUCAAAUCCUCAAACUCAAGAUAUCAACAGACAGGAAGAAGUUAACCAGAAAAUUAAUCUUUGUUGGGAAGAGUCGUUUCUGAACGAGAGCGUCGUUCCUGAGCAGGUCACGUAGGAGCUUCUUACUACAGAAAGUGGCCGGAUAAAGACAUGGUGUUGAUCUUGGGCCGACGCAUUAGCAGGGAUGACAACCACUACCAAGACUCGCCCAUCACCAAACGUAAAGUCUUUGAGCUUGAACAGAAGCCCUUGACUGGUCAAGAGGUUUAUGACUUUUCCUCGGGCUCGUCCCAUGCCGAGAGCAUCCUGGAGAUGUUGAAUGAAUUUCGGAACAGCAGGCUGUUCACUGACGUGAUUAUCUGUGUGGAGGGCCGAGAGUUUCCCUGCCACCGCGCCAUCCUCUCUUCCUGCAGCAGCUACUUCAGAGCCAUGUUCUGCAAUGAUCACCGUGAGAGCAGGGAGAUGCUGGUGGAGAUUAAUGGGAUAUUUGCUGAAGCCAUGGACCAGUUCCUGCAAUAUGUCUACACCGGGAGGGUAAAAAUCACCCCAGACAACGUACAGUAUCUCUUUGAAACUUCUAACCUCUUCCAGAUCAGUGCCAUCCGAGAGGCAUGUGCCAAGUUCUUAGAGGAGCAGCUCGAUCCUUGUAACUGCCUGGGCAUCCAGAAGUUCGCCGACACGCACUCCCUGAAGUCUCUCAACUCCAAGUGCAAAGGCUUUUGCCUGCAGACGUUCUCGGAGGUCACUCAACACGAGGAGUUCCUGGGGCUGCAGAAAGACGAGCUGAUAGACUACGUCUCGAGUGAUGAUCUGGUGGUCGGCAAGGAGGAGACAGUAUACGAGUCUGUGAUGCGUUGGGUCUAUCAUGACAUGGACCAGAGGAGGCCCAUGAUGAAGGAGGUGCUGACCCACGUCAGGCUCCCCUUGUUACACCCCAAUUACUUUGUGCAGACGGUGGAAGGAGAUCAGCUGAUCCAGAAUUCUCCUGAGUGCUACCAACUCCUCCACGAGGCCAGGAGAUACCAUGUACUUGGUAAUGAGAUGAUGUCACCACGGACUAGACCUCGCAGGUCUACAGGUUACUCUGAAGUUAUUGUGGUGGUGGGAGGCUGCGAGCGUGUGGGCGGCUUCAAUCUGCCUUACACAGAGUGCUAUGACCCAGGGACUGGAGAGUGGAGAUCGCUGGCCAAACUUCCAGAGUUCACCAAGUCCGAGUAUGCAGUGUGCGCCUUGAGGAAUGACAUCCUAGUAACAGGUGGCAGAAUCAACAGCCGUGAUGUGUGGAUGUAUAACUCCCAGCUCAACAUCUGGAUGCGAGUGGCCUGUUUAAACAAAGGCAGGUGGCGCCACAAAAUGGCUGUCCUUCUUGGCAAGGUCUACGCUGUGGGCGGCUACGAUGGCCACAAUCGACUGAACAGCGUGGAAUGCUACGACUCUUUCUCCAACCGCUGGAUUGAGGUUGAGCCACUUAAAGAAGCCGUCAGCUCGCCAGCUGUUGUCAGCUGUAUCAGUAAGCUCUUUGUGAUUGGAGGAGGACCUGAUGACAACACGUGCUCUGAUAAGGUUCAGUGUUAUGACCCCACGACUAGUGUUUGGCUGCUGCGCGCCCCCAUUCCCAUUGCUAAACGAUGUAUUACUGCGGUUUCCUUGAAUAACCUUAUAUACGUGGCUGGGGGUCUGACCAAGUCCAUCUACUGCUACGAUCCAGUCGAGGACUACUGGAUACAUGCGGUGAAUACCUUCAGCAGACAGGAGAGUUGUGGGAUGUCAGUAUGCAAUGGGAAGAUCUACAUCUUGGGUGGCAGAAAAGAAACAGGAGAGGCCUCUGACACCAUCACAUGUUACGACCCAGCAACAGGAAUCAUCACAGCAAUGGCAGCCAUGCCCAGGCCCAUUUCCUACCAUGGCUGUGUGACAAUCCACCGAUACAAUGAAAAGUACAGACCUUGAAAUAAGAUCUCCAGUUCCCACCCAAUGCCAAGUGGUAGAGAGAGACAACCUAACUAAAACUUCCUAUGGAGGAAUGGAGUCUGCCUCUGAGGGUUCUAUAUAAGACAAUUAUUUUCUUGUAGCACAUUCUUAAAAAAAUUAUUGAGCCUCAUUUCAAGCAUUUUAUGAUUUUGAUAUAGUUAUAGAUCAGAAUCUAUUUCCUGAGUUCCCAGUGGUAAGAAUACCAAAUCUGUGGCACUGCAGGCAGUUAUGCCACUUGCCCACGUGCCUGCGUCCCUUAGAUAAUUCUGGACUGUGAAUCGUCCAUUCAGUUACAUUGACACAUAUCUCUUCAUCCAAUAUAUCAAGUGCUAAUUUACUUUAAAAAUACAAACAUCGAUAAUGCAUUAAUGCUGCUUCCUCCACCCAUGCUCUCAUUGACUUCAUUAACUUUGAUUCCAACUUCCACCCUGCCCACAAAUUUACCUGGUCCAUUUCUGACACCUCCCUCCCCUUUCUUGAUCUUUCUGUCUCCAUCUCUAUCUCUGGAGUCAACUUACCUACUGAUUCUCACAGCUACCUGGUCUAUACCUCUUCCCACCUUGUUACCUGUAAAAACACCAUCCCCUUCUCUCAAUUCCUCCAUCUCUGUCACAUCUGUUCUCUGGGAGAGGCUCUCAUUCCAGAACGAAGGAGAUGUCCUCCUCCUUCAAAGAAAGGGGCUUCCCUUCCUCUUAACUUCCCUUAACUUUUCCCUCUCACCUUAUCUCCUUGCCUGCCCUUCACCUCCCUAUGGUGCUCCUCCCAUUUUCUUUUCCAUGGCCUUCUGUCGUCUCCUAUCAGAUUCCCUCUUCUCCAGCUCUGUAUCUCUUUCACCAAUCAAAUUCCCAGCUCUUUACUUCACCCCUUCCCCUCCCAGUUUCACCUAUCACCUUGUGUUUCUUCCUCCCUUCCCCCCACCUUCUAACUCUUGACUCCUCAUCUUAUUUCUCUUCAGCCCCGAUGAAGCGUCUCGGCCUGAAGCAUCGACUACACACUUUAACAUAGAUGCUGUCUGGCCUGCUGAGUUUCUCCAGCAUUUUGUGUGAGUUGCUAGAGAAAGAAACAGUUUUCUUAUAUUGAUUCAGAAAAAAAGUCCAAGGCUGUUUAAUCCAAGUGGAAAUGUCAUGUUUGAUCUGGUUAGAGAGGUCUUUGCGUCAAAGACUCUGAAGCCUGUCCAAACACAUGAAAGCAUCUAUGUCACCUUGAUGUUGAUGGUAGCUUCAGUGUGGCUCACUGGAAAAGCUGCAAGGAAGUCAUUUCUUUCACCGUUUGCUCUUUAUUGAGGCUGAUGACAAGAAAGUUUUGGACUUGAUGCAUAAGAGACCCUGCCUCCCUCUUCCCCCCCCCCCCCCCAAACAACAUCAGUUUCCUUCUGUUUCAAAGAGCACAUAAGAAAAGGCAAUGAUUAGUGAGAGAUGAUCCCAUAUGGUGAGGUUUAAGAAAGUCCACUCACAUGUCUCCUCAUCAUUGAGCACAGUACACCUGUGUCUGAGUGGAGUUUGCACGUUCUCUCUGUGACUGUAUGGGUUUCCUGCGGGUGCUCUGGUUUCCUUCCACAUCACAAAUUCAUGAAGGUGGGUAUGUUAGUUGGCUAAUGUGAAUUGCCCACAUUGUGUAGUUGAGUGGUAGAACUUGUGACAUUGAUUGGAAUGUGGGCAAGUAAAAUGGAUUGGGUAGGAUUAGCGUAAAAAUGAAUGUAUCAUGUGAUCAGUAUUAUGGGCAUUAUUUCCAACAUAAUGGAAGACACAGUAUAGAAGAUAAUUUCCAAUAAUGUUUAAGAGAAAAUUAAUAAAAUGAUUAAUAUUGCCAUAAGAUCACCAAAUCUAGCAAUUUAAUGUAUGAUACCUUCACCAAGCCUAGGUAAUUUCUAUUUUCACAGCACUUGAUUCAUGAUUUGAACUACCUGACCCCAAUUUGGAGAUCUUGUUUUUUAAAAUUGGAACUCCAAUAACUUAUUUGCAUCACUGGGAACUUUAGAAUGCAUGGAAUUGAUUACAGGAGUAUGUAAAACCAAUACAUCAUAUGUUGCAAGGUGAAUCAAGAACUUUUAGGUUUGGAAGUUGGAUCAAGCUGGUUGACUUAAGAGAUGGAUGAGAAAUGGACUUGGCACAUCGCCUGCACAGAUCUGUAUUUUGCAUCUUUUUGAGUAUUCUGUUAAAGAUGUUUGUUUUUCUUCUCUUUUGUUCUCAGCCAGAGGUUGGGAAGCAUUAGAAAUAUCUGAACUUGGAAUUGGUUAACUAAUCUUUGAUAAUUGGCUUACAGUAUCCAUCUGAUCAACAAGGGUGUGCACAUUCACGACUAUGGAAGCUAAAAUAUCUGCAGUCCGGCAGAAAAUUGUAUAACACGGAGCUUUAUUCACGGCUAAACACUCACCCAAAUAAUAUCUUUAAUUAUCUAAGUGGAAUACCUGGUGCUUGAAAGCAGCAAGAAUUGCAAAACUUGGGUUUCUGUCUGUGGACUAUCACCCUGCUGCCUUUCCUAGCUCUCCACUUCUGUCAAGGAAAUAUUCAAAAUGCACUAUGUUGGGUGACUUCAGUUUAUAUAUGCUUUUUAUUUAACUUAAUUAUUUUAUGUUUUUGUAUAUAUUAUUUUAAUGUUCAGCUCAGCGACGGUUUUAUUGUAAAUAAUGUCUUGCUACAUUAUGCUAUUUCUAGUGCACAGCUCAGUGAGGAAUUGCUAUUGAUGAGCACAUACUGAGAUCUGAAUUUGGCAUAAGCAUUCUAUAAGAGUGAAGUAAGAGUAUUAAUGACUCAGUCACAAAGGUCAAAUGGAGCUGUUAUUUUUGCCACAACAAGCCAUUAAUUUUCCCUUUUUUAUUUUUGGAUUUAUCUAAAAACAAACUAUCUUGGGAGGAGACAAGCUCUGAAUUGGAGUAAAGUGCCUGUUGAAUUAGUGGCCAUUGAUUUGUUCGAGGAGCAGUUUGGGCAGACUGCUCCCAGUGCAACAGCCAGUUAGUGGAAUGGGUCUGUGAGCCCAGGAGAAAGGGCCAGUCAAUGGUGUUCUGGUCCCUAUUACUGAUUUGUAUGCCUUGUGAACCUGGUAAACUGAUUAAUAGCAUGCAGGAGGCUGCGAUGACAUGUACAGCUUCAGAGAAUGUAGUGGAGAUGGAAAUGUUGUUCCCCAUUUGCCAGGAGUUAGUCUUCUGACAGGUAGGCCAGAUAGACUUAAUAAGAGAUGAUCGAUAAUGCCAGAGUAAACAACUUGCUUAAACAUAAUGAAUUCUCGGCUGAGCUUUUGGUGGAAGAAUGGUCAGGCAGAAUCUAAGGAGAAUGAGAUAAAGCAAUGCAGAGAAAGAGACUUCAUCAGAGAAACAAUAGGCAAAGAAUGUGUGAUGUUAAUGAGACUUAGACAUAACUCCAGCCCCAGCACUGGAUGUUGUUAUCCUUUACAAUUAUAUUUUAUACUCCUGACAUAACCCAAUGGCCUCAAUCUGCCGUUAGCAAAUGAAAAUCUUACAGCCUAGAGGCUUGCAUGGCUCUUAACUUUGAGCAAAAGUCAACAUUUGCCAUCCCUAAACUCUUCAUGGAGUGUUACAGCAGAAAAGUAUUAGGAUCUCAGUGAAACUUUGCCAGAUGGUAAGGUAUGGCAGGAGAGAUUUUGCUUAAGUGCACUGAGAAUGUGCAGUCAAAGUAAUAACCAGACCCAUUCAGGGCUGCUGAGACCUUGAAGGCAGAUCUAUGACUGACUGACUGUGCCUUUUACCGUCCCUGUUUCAGGAUUGCAAAGUAGGUGGUUAUCACAUUUUGCACAUUUUGUUGUAUGUUGUGCUCCUCUAUGUAUAAUCUUCAGCACUGUCUUGCUACAUUCUUGAGGUGGUUGUAUUUCAGUUGUACAAGACAAGAAUAUUUUUCUGUAAACUGCUGGAAUGCAUAAUGUCAAUUUAGUGCAUGAUAUACAAGAAGCAUGAGUCUUUGCAUUAAUUAACUGACAGUGAUGCACAGUAUGGUUGUGGCUGUUGCAGUAUAUCCACCAACUGCCCUGUAAUCUGGAUGAAAAUGCAAAUAGUGUGUAUUACAAAUUCAGCAAAUAUUUUGAAUAACUCCAAUCAGGAAAGCUCAAGGUGAUUCAGUUUCCUUAAUGGUUUAAUCAUAGAAUUUGGAUUCAUUAAUUAGAUUUCAACUAGCGGUUCACUUCCAGUUAUCCAUUCUUCUACAUAAAGCAAUCUGUACUUUAUGGCUAGAUUCCAACCUGGGUAGCUCUCUUCCCAAGUAUUCACUGUAUGGAAAGUACCGACCUUCAGUGUAAGUACGAACAUUUAAUCAGAUCUGCUCAAUAGCAAGGAAGAGAAGCUGUCAUUUUGAGUUUGUAUUUCAGAAGUAGUGGGUGUAUAUUUUUCAGAGGGCAAGGGACAUUUUUUUUAAAGCUGUAAGUAACUGGUAACCUUUUUUUUAUAUAAAUAAAUGAAUUGCAAAAUGGUUGUUAUUUUUGUAACAGUUGGCUUGUCUUCAAGACAGAAUAUGCUUUAUAUUUGUUAUGUAAAGUGUAUGUUGGAUGUAGACAAACUUGUGUUUUGAGGGUUGUGCAGUAUGUUUUAAGCUUGAAAAGAACAAUGUGUAGAAAAUGUGAAGUCAAUAAUAAUAUUCUAGUAGGUAGUGUCAUCUAGAUGUCCGAUUGAUGAUGCAUUGGAUAUUCUAUCUCUGGGAUUUUGGUAACGUUUUGGCCCUUUAGGCCACCAGUCUCUCCUUAAAUCCUUGCAUUGCUUUCUUUUUUUUAAUGUGCUCCUUUAAAAGCCACUUUUUUGAGCAAGGAUUGAUCAUCAAAAUCAUAAUAAAGCUCUUUUUGAUGGUA